CAAAAUUCGGUUUUGUCGUGCGUGCGAAGCAGCAGUGCUCUUCUUGUAGUUGGUUUUGUUUAAUUUUUAUGUUCCUUUAUUUAAAUAAAAAAAAAAGAAAAAUGAUAACAAUUUAAAAGAAUACCAAUUUUCAAUUAAGUGUCGGUUACUGUAUUUGCAAAUUAUAAGCAUUAAAAACUUUCGUCGGGAAAAAAUUCCAAGGUGAUUUGAUAUCUAAAGAAAAAAAAGUCAAAUUUGCACAGAAUUCCUAUUGAAAAAAAAAAUCAGUUCACAGUGAAGAAUUUUUCUUGUACCCUGUCAAAAUGUAUAAAUUGUUGUCUCAUUCGCGGAAAUAAUAUUUUCCUUUUUAUUUACAACGAUAAAAGAGUACCAAUCUAUUUAUCAAAGGUGUUUUCUUCUGACGGAAAAAAUGCAGUAAUUCCAAAACCUAAACACGACAAAUCAAAAAGAAGAGUUACCGGGCGAGCACCUUAAUAGGAAAAAAUAUGUACAUUUUUCAAUAUCAAUCAUAGCGUGUUCUGCUUCAAUACUACAACACAAACCAUAAUUAUUUAACAUCAAAACACAGUGGUGAAUAAAUUUAAAAUCAAAACCGAAAAAAUACUAAACAACUCAAAAUGUAAGCCACUUGUUCAAUACUCAAAAUAAACUAUAAUAACUGUAAAAAGAAGGCUAAUUGAUUUUGUUAUUUUUUUCAAAUGUAAUUAAACUUCGUCGUACACUUACUUACCAUCAGCUCACGCACAUGGAAUCGUUAAAUCUAUUUCUUUGGCCAAACACAUACACGAAAUAAUACUGUAGUUAAUGAAAAAUUGUAACCUAAACAAAACAAAAAAAUUAUUAUAAAUUAGAGCAAAUUGUCAAAUUUAAAUUAUAGAGAAAAAAAUAAGAAAUCCAGAAAAAUGUCCAAAAUUCGUCGCGUUGUUGUUGGCUGCUUAUCGAAAACUAUAAUCCGAUUUGAAUAGUGCCGGUUAAACACAUUAUUUUUGACGACGAUUAUUUUUCACAGAAAUAAACGUAUGAAUAAACGAUAGAACCGUAUUUGCAGUCCGAUUUUUGUUUCGAUUACAAUAUUGUUAGCAUUGAACGACACGGGGCGGAUAGAAAACUUAAAUCUCAAGUUGACAAUUGAAAGGAGAAAAAAUUGAUCCUUCGCGGGUGCUUUCGCGCAUUAAUUUGUUUGAACUUUGGUUGAAAAUUCGAUAUAAUAGUGUCGAUAUUUUAGCCAAUAACAAUAAUGCAGCGAAGAGAAGCACGUGAUCGCCAGCCAAGUGGUGGAACACAAGCACCUAGUUCAUCAGCUGCUGGUGGCGGGGGUGGUGGAGGAGCUGGUGCUAGAACAGCAAACAGUUCCGGCAACAUGUAUUCCGCCCGCCAUUCAGUGGGCUCCUCAACGGGGGUCCUAAUGGUAGGACCGAAUUUCCGUGUUGGCAAAAAAAUUGGCUGUGGUAAUUUUGGAGAAUUGCGAUUAGGUCGCCGUUUGUGCGCUUUUGGAUCAGGAAAAAAUCUUUACAACAAUGAACACGUAGCAAUAAAAAUGGAGCCGAUGAAAUCAAAGGCUCCGCAACUACAUUUAGAGUAUAGGUUUUAUAAAUUAUUAGGAUCACAUGAUAAUUUUCCAGAGGGUAUACCACGUGUCUAUCAUCUGGGCACAUGUGGUGGCCGUUACAAUGCCAUGGUAUUAGAAUUAUUGGGACUAUCAUUAGAAGAUCUCUUCAAUAUUUGUUCCCGUAAAUUUUCCCUUAAGACUGUUCUGAUGAUAGCUAAGCAACUACUCCACCGGAUCGAAUAUGUUCAUAGUCGACACCUAAUUUAUAGAGAUGUUAAACCUGAAAAUUUUUUAAUUGGUAGAACAUCAACAAGACGAGAAAAAAUUAUUCACAUAAUUGAUUUCGGGCUGGCCAAAGAAUAUAUUGAUUUAGAUACAAAUAGACAUAUACCAUAUCGGGAACAUAAAUCAUUAACGGGCACCGCACGUUACAUGUCAAUAAACACACACAUGGGCAGGGAGCAAUCAAGACGUGAUGAUUUAGAAGCAUUAGGUCAUAUGUUUAUGUACUUUUUAAGAGGUUCACUGCCGUGGCAAGGUCUUAAGGCUGAUACACUUAAGGAGAGGUAUCAGAAAAUUGGUGAUACUAAACGUGCAACGCCUAUUGAGGCGCUUUGCGAUGGUCAUCCGGAGGAGUUCGCAACAUAUCUAAGAUAUGUGCGGCGAUUAGAUUUCUUUGAAACACCAGACUAUGAUUUCUUGCGAAGACUGUUUCAAGACUUAUUUGAACGUAAAGGUUACGUGGAUGAUGGUGAAUUCGAUUGGACAGGGAAGACAAUGACAAAACAACAAAUGGAGGCAAUGAAGGCAAUCAAAAAUGCACCUCCUUCACAUUUAGGCAAAAAUGAAUCGGAUAAGUCAACACCUGUUGGAUCUCUUCAAACUGGUCAUGAAGUCAUCAUUUCACCAAAUAAGGAUCGUCAUAAUGUUACAGCUAAGACAAAUGCCAAAGGAGGCGUUGCAGCAUGGCCUGAUGUACCGAAACCAGGCGCCACGCUUGGUAAUCUAACACCAGCCGACAGGCAUGGUUCAGUACAGGUUGUGAGUUCGACAAAUGGCGAAUUGAAUGCAGACGAUCCCACGGCCGGACACUCAAAUACUCCUAUAACACAGCAGCCAGAGGUUGAACUUGUGGACGAAACAAAAUGGUUUAUGUGUCUUUCCAGAUGUUGUUGCUUCUUUAAAAGAAAGAAGAAGAAAUCAUCACGCCAAAAAUGACUAGAUGGUGUCCAAUGUAGUCCAGAGCGUGAAGCAGUAACACUGCUUCGUGCAACGUCACAUUCAAAUUCAAGGGAUAGUGUAUUAAAUAAUCCUAGUCAGGAUUAUAUACAACAAGCGACGUCACAACAUACGUUGCGGUAUCCUCCAUCCGCGUCGAUAUUGACGCCAACACCAACUACAAAUACGCCGACACUUCCGUUGUAAUUUAAUUUAAAACAAACAAAAAAAAAUGCAAAAAAAAAAUUAAAAAAAAAAUAUUAUAAUUAAUUAAUUAUUAUUAUUAUUAUGUAUUGAUUUAUUUACUAUAAUUAUAUUAUUAAUUAUUAUUAUGUCAAAUAAAUAAGUUCAAUAAAAAAAAAAAAAAAAACAUCAAAAAGAGAUCCUUAAACAAAACCAGACAAAACAAGAUAAUGCAUCAAAACAAAACGCGCGUGUAGCUAAAUGUUAAAAAUCCAGGAUAUAAUAUUGAGCAAAUCAAAUAAUUUUUUAAUAUUUUGCUGCAAUAACAUCAAAUAAACAAAAAAUAGAAUAGAAGGAAUUACAUAAUUUAUUUUAAUAAAGAAAAAACAAAAAAUAAUAAGCUACCUACUUCGAGUAUUCAUUAUUAUUAAAAUCUUUUUACUAAAAUCCCUUUCCCCCCAGACACAAGCACACUUAUACCCGUAGUCUUAGGGCCAACGACUGAUUCAACUGAAGUGUUCUGUACUGACCUGACAUUUCUUCAAGUAAUUUCUAUAAUUCAAAUCUGCAAGCAAUAUAAAAAGCUAUGCAAAUAGUAAAUUAAUGGCUUUAAAUAAGUGCCAUAAUCACUGGCCUAUUGCCAACUCAUUAGCAACUUAAAGGUUUAGAUAAGGUUUUUUUUUCACAUUGAAGCACUAAUAUCUGCUUUUGAACCUUUUUAUGUGUUAUGACAGAAAGAUUAUGAGUUUUUUAUUUUACAACUUGGCUUAACAUUUCUGACUUGAUUAAAGGCAAUACUAUAAUUUGACAACAUUCAUUCAAAUCCUUAACUUAUAAAGCUCUCCUAAUAUAUCUUUGCUAGUCACAUUAUUUUUUUUUUUCUAAAUCCUUUAAAGAGUUUGUACUCACAUUUUUUGUUGCGUUAAAUUUCUUGUUUAAAAAUUUUGCAUUGGACUUAUGGAAGUCACUUUAACAAGUUUGAGGUCUACAUAAUUAUGAACUAAAGUCAAAUCGGGAGCUGGUCCUUCUACUGUUAUUAUUACUACCUACUCCUUUAAAAAAUCCCGUGCAAUCCCAGCUCCUUUUGUACUAUUUCUUUUUAUAUUUUUUUAUCAUGCUAUCCCUUUAUGCCUUAAUCCACCACCAUCAUUAUCUCUGCAAUGAAAAUCUUUCAUUAAUAUAUACUAUAUAUAUUGUGAAUUAUAUAUAUAUAUAAAACAAAAAAUGUUUAAAUAAAAUAUAUAGAAAUUGAUUAACAAAAAAAAAACAAAAAGAAAAACAAAAAAUGAUAUGCUAAAGUUUUACUUAAAAUACAUUUUUUGCAAUAAUUUAAGAAUAUAAAUAUUUAAUUAAUAAAAUUAUAAAAACAAAAAAUUGUAUAAAGAAACAACAAAAACAACAAAAAAAAAGCAUUGUGAAUAAUUUAAUUAAUUGUAAAACUCGAUAAUUAUUAUCUAAAAUACAAAAAAAAAAAAAAAAAAACAAAAAAUCGCAGGUUUUUAAGUAAAAUUAACAUAGCAUUCAUGCAUACAUACAACUACUCUACUACUACACCUACGACAAGAACAAAAAAAAAAUACUAUCAUUUUUUCCAUUUUUUUGAAUAAGUAAUAAGAAUAAAAUGUGAGUUAAUUUAUACUUAAUAAAAAAAAAAAAACAAAAAAGGAAUCAUAUUAAACAAAACAAAAAAUGAAUUUAAAUGGUGUAAACUCUUUUUCUCUCUUACAACAUAUAAAUAUAUAUAUACACUCUAAAACGACAGGCAGUUUUAUUAUAAACAAUUAUACAACAAAAAAUUAAUAACACAUAAAAAAAAAAAAAAACAAAUUACGACGAAGUGUGAAAAAAUAAACAAAUUUAAACAAAAAAAAAAUCAGUCAACUGAAGGAGAUUUUCAGUAGUUACACUAUAUUAUAUAAAAUACUUGUAAUAUAAUUAUUUUUAUUGCGUUAUUUUUAAAAGUGACUAAAAUAUAAAAUAAAAAAAAAAUUAAAAUAAAUUAAAUUAAAAAUGGAAAAGCAGAAAAAAUAACUUAAUGAAUAAAUUUAGCCGAAAGAAAAUAAUAAAAAAAGAAGUGAACUUUUAAAAAAAUUAUGUGGAAGACGAACAAAAUGAAGUUUUAACUGUGUAAAAUCCUUUUUGAAGAAAUGCAUUCAAAAACCAAAACAAAAAUGAAAAAAAAAAAAAAUAAUAAAAACCGAAAAAAAUAUCUGAAAUUUACGAUUUUUAUUUAAUUUUUUUUCUAGGAUUUUUAAUAUGGAAAAAGCGAUUGAAAUCACGGUUUUGGAAAUAAGUUCCACACCUUGUUGGAACUUAAUAAAAAUGAAAGAUGAAAAUGCGAGAGUAAUACCCUCCUCAUUAACAUUUAUCUUCCCUUUUUUUGUCAUGUGAAAUAUUCACCUUCAGUUUAAAAUUUAAAAUAUUGCUUGUCUUAGGCGGUAACCAUAUUAUUUAUAAGACAAAUAUGGCAAAAUAAAAUGUGUUCCACAAGUGACAUUAAAUUCACCUGUUGUUACGCCAUGCCAUUUAUAUUUAUUUCCUACUAAUGUGAGUUUCCAUUUGCCACAAAAAAUUAAUUAUUUUUGAUCCGAGAUAAAAAAAAAUACUGGGAAAUACUGGUAUCCCAAAUUCUAUUUGUCAAAAGAGAUCAUUUUUUAUUGAUCCAAGAUCAAAUUUUUUAGAUCUCGAUUUUUAACGAGAUUUACACAUAUUUGCACUCACACCGCAGUAUUUGACAUUUAUUUGAACAUUUGUUUUUGUAAAUUCAUUUUUUUCCAUUGAAAAAUUGCUUACACAUAGUUACUAAUAAAAAAAAAAUCAAUUGGCAAUAUCCAUUUGCCACGAGAGAUCAAUGGAUUUGGUACAAAAAUCCCUCUUUCAAAUGGAAAUCGACAUAAGAUAGUUCUCCCCAACUCCAAAAUAUGACGAACUUUCUGAUACACAAAAAGUGUGAAACACGGCACCACUUAACCCUUUGCUUCCUAGUGGUUUCAGCAUGAAACCACCUACUAAUUACUUUGUUAGUGUUUUUUUUACUAAAAAAUGGACUUCUCCUUCUGUACUCUCAGCUCAAAACAUUCCUUAUACAAUGUUAUUACUAGUACAAUCAUUAUUUUUUCAUUUUAGUGUGUAAUUAGAAAAUAUCAAAACUUUUUUCAAAAAAUUUGUGUUUUUUGUCCGGGAGCAAAGGGUUAACCUGUUCACCAACGCCGAUAUCGUAAUACGCAUUCCACUUUUUUCCGAACUCACAUGCCGAAGGUGAAUUUGGGCGUUCUGAAUUUUAAUCAAUUUUCUGAACAAAUUCAAUCGACUUUAUUUUUUAUUUGUUUUGUGAAAUUGGUUUUACAGAAGCAUUCCACGGAAAAAAGGAACUCGGAAUAGUCCAAUAAAAAUGUGCCCUUAAUUAUGAAAGUGGACUAAGUCACUCCUAAAAAUGGCAUCAAAUCUAGCCUAAAAAUAAUUAUUAUUUAAGGGGUAAAGUUUAUUUGAAAGCGAAAUUGCAGUAAAUAAACUUCUUUAUUGCUCCUCUAGUGAUUUCAUAAAUAAAAUUAAAUUAAAUCGUUAUAAGAAAAUUAUUAUGUAAGUUUUUCUUUAAACAAUGCAAAAAGUGACUUAGUCCACUUUCAUAAUCAAGGGCACAGUUAACAAUUAUUUCGCUUAUUUUUUUUCUGACACUCUUAACCGUCAUUUUGUCAUUACGAGGAAAAAUAUUAAAGCACUCCCUUUUCACUUUUUAAAAAGAACAGUUGUCAUGGUUACAUACAUCAGCUAAAUACUUUUGAUCCCAAUUAAAUUAAAUUGAAAUCAAUAUGUUCGAUAUAUCUCAAGUUCAUUUGUUUUUAAUUGCAAAUCUUGAAAUGAUUUGUUCUAUUUGUAUAUCCGUAAGUUUUUUUUUUCUCGGGAUGCAACAAAGCACUAAGACAUAAAGUCAAAAACUGUUAAAAACCUUUCGGACUCCAGAUUCGAACUCAGCGCACAAAAAACCGUUAGAAAUGUAUAAUUUAGUUUUUGUUACAAAAACCUUGUUGACAAGUGCUAUCUAUCAAUAAUUUCAAACAAAUCCAUCAAUCGGCUAUGUCCAGCUCUAUGUACAGACUGACCCUUUUAGUUUGGCAACGAAACGCUUGUUCACAAGCUUUCCGACAAGAAGAACUAACUCUGAAUUUUUUAAGUAACGCUUGAUUUAUUAAUCAUAAGAACUACUUUGAAUUUUUAUAUAUAUGAUUCAAAAAAAUCAGUCAAAAUUCAAAAUUUUCAGCAUCACAUCACAAAAAAAUUAUUUGGCAUUUUUUUUAAACAAUGAAUUUAUCCGCAACAAAAAAAUUAAUACAAGUUUCUGAAGAAAUACAAAAACCAUUGCAUGUUCCAGUUGUUUUGGGGAAUGAGUGUUUCAUUAUAACCCAACAAGACGUUCGAAAGAUUGAAGAUUCACGUUUUAUAUCAUACCACAAACUUGGCCCAAAUGGAGAGCUUAUUCCAGUCGAAACAGUAUAUGGACAGGAUAUUGCCUUGAGAGAUGCUAUCCUCAUUGCAGGAGGCUGUCAAAAUCAACAACAAACUGUAAACCAGCAGCUCCUGGAAAUGCUUGGAAAAUGUUGCGGUCAAAAACAAGAACCACCCAAACCGAUUAAAGCAUCUAUUGCUCAACAAAUGGAAUGGGCCAGUACAUGCAAUAAUUUAUCCCCACCAUUCCCUUUUACCCAUUCAACGUCCACGUCAAUGAGUGAUAUGCCACAUCCAAAAAUCCCAAAAUGCUGUUGCGCUGAAAAUUGUUGUUGCACUUCUCGAAAAUAUUUCACUCAUCAAGGAAGCAACACCAAAGAGAACGACGACAGUGCAGAGCACAUUGAAGGAUCACUCAGUGCUAGACAAAUGCUGAAAAUUCGCAAAUCAAUUGAAGACACAGUGGGACUAUAGUCAAAAUAUAAAAUUCUAUUUAUUCAUUUCCUCUAUUGAUAAAUACAUAUCUUUCAAAAUAAUUUUCAUAUCUUCAAUAA